UUUACUUUGUUAUGUUUUUCAAAAAUGACGUCAUUCGGAUGGUGUAUUCGGUUCCUAUUCGGCUGCUUUCAUCAUCCUGUCUUGUUCCGGAGCAAGCCUUGAAGAAAGUCAGACCAUUUAAUGAAAUCCCGGGUCCUUCUGGUCGUUACAACAUGCCUUUCAUUGGACAAGUCUUUCACUAUGUGCCUUUUGGUCAGUAUUUACCCAGCACUUUCACGGAUUUUCUGUGUGAUCUGCGCUGUCAAUAUGGACCAAUUGUCCGCCAGAGGGCAGGCAUGCAUUGGAUGGUCUUCCUGUUCAAUCCUGACGACAUACAGCACAUUAUGUUUCAUUAUGAAAAAUAUCCCCUCCGACCAACGUCUCAUUUAAUGUAUUCAUACGCCAAACGAAAUAAUAUUCCAUUAAGUAUGGCAUUUCAGAACAAAGAGAAGUGGGUCGCAGCACGUAAACCCAUUCAAGAAGUAAUCCUAAAACCUUGUGUUGUUUCCAAAUACUUCAGUGAGUUUACAGACAUAGUGGAUGACUUUCUGAUGCGUAGAAUUGGGAGGGACAAUCGGAUUUCUGAUGUUCUGGAGGAACUCACGCGACUCACAAUGGAAAAUUCUGGGAUUUUGUGUUUCAACAGACGCCUUGGUAGUUUUUCCCUUGAUCAACAAGAACUUCUUUCAAACAUUAAAGAUGUGCACGCUUACUUGGGCCAAUCGUUUGACAUUUUUCCGUGGUACCGCCUGUUUCCAACUAAUUUCUAUUUAGAUUUUGAAAAAGCCUAUGAUACAGUUCGAAACACGACACGAGAAAGCCUUCAUGGGUGUCUAGAGACAAUCAACUUCAAACGGAGGAUGCUCUCCACAGGCCUGAACAAUGUCACGUUCUUGGAGAAGUUACUAUUGGAUAAUAGAAUGUCACAUGACAGUGUGGAGAGCGCCAUAACGGAUAUGUUUAUUGCUGGGACGGACGCGACAGCCAACGCCUUGUCAUUUGUCCUGUAUCAUUUAGCGAAGAAUCCCUUGGUGCAGGACCGACUCUGUGAAGAGAUAACGCGCUGCUGUACACAGGACCUGAUCUGUGAAUCCUCUUUUGCUGACAUGCCUUAUCUAAAGGCUUGUAUUAAAGAAUCUCUCCGCCUUGUUCCUCCUUUGAGAGAUGGCGUGCGUCGACACGUGGAAAAAGACACAGUGGUUGCAGGGUUCCAUAUUCCUAAAGGAACAACGUUGGUGUUUUGCAAUAGCGUCAUAUCCUCUGACGAGAACUACUUCCCGGAAGCGCAUAAAUACAAACCUGAGCGGUGGCUGCGGAAUUCGCCCCUACGCAGUAGCAUCCAUCCCUUUGCAGUUCUCCCAUAUGGUUUUGGUCGGAGAAACUGCAUUGGACAAAGAUUUGCUGAACUUCAAAUGCGCAUAUUUAUUGUAAAGCUACUUCAGGAAUUUUCAGUAAGUCUUGCUGAGAAAGACGAGCACCUGCCAUACAUAUACACGAUAUUUGCUGCACCUUCAAAAAAGUUCUCUUUACAACUAGAGAGGAGAAUUGAGAAACAAGACGAUACCAGAUGCGUUGCAUAGGGGUAAAAAAAAAAAGAGAAAGCAAAGAUGUGUUUUGAAUAGUUGUUUCAUUACAAUGAAGAUAAAAACUAAGCCCUUUCUGAGCAAA